AAUCAUAUAAUUCGAGGGUUGAAGGGCUCAGAAAAUGUUUAAGAAAACAGUUAUUUUCCUUGGCCACAAAAGGCCUCAUAAUGAGCUGGGAUAAAAAUGAUAUCAUCAUAGCCACUUAAACCCUAAUCAAACCCAAACCAAUUUGCAAAACACAAUUAAACACACCAAAAAUUGAGAAGAUUUCAUAAUCAAUACGAACAAAAGAUAAUAAAAGGUUCAGAUACAUGUAUUGAACAUAGUUGUACUCCUAGACCACAAAAGGCCUCAUAGAGCUGGGAUUAUAUGUUAUCAUCACCACCCGUAAUCACACAAAUUCGAAACAAAAGAAUCAAAUUCAAGAAAACCCAUCAACACUGUAAACGAAAGAGCCAGACGGACGAAUUUGAUUGACAAGUAACAACAAUCUUUAAUGGAGACGAGAAGUGAUGAAGUCAAAAGCUGGGAGACGCUGAUUUAUAAAAACAACUUAGGGUUUUUCAUACCAAAUUGUCAGGCCCAGUAAGGAUACAUGAAAGCUCGGCCCAUACUAAGGCCUAAUGACAAGCCCACCAAAGCUUGGUAGUAGUUCCGAUGCUCUGUGAACACUAUUCACCUAACUAUCCGGGUUCUCGAAGGUUUUGUCACGUUCCUCUCUUUUUGUCACUUUUGGUUUAGCUUGUUACUAAUUAGUUUGGUAAGUCUUUAAAGAUGUUUUCUUUUGUUUUGUGUUAGAUUCUGUAGACUGUAACAACGAUACAUCGGGGUUUGUUUCCUUCUCAGAGAUGGACAGAAUCAGUGAGUUGUCUGAUGAAGUGCUUGUUAAAAUACUACUAUUUGUUCCGACAAAAGUUGCUGUGUCCACAAGCAUUUUGUCGAAACGGUGGGAGUGCCUUUCGAUGUGGUUGCCCAAACUUGAGUACGGUCAUAGAGAUUGUUCAGAGCCCGAAUCCAAGAGGCUGCAGUGUUUUCUUGACCGGAAUCUGCCGUUACAUAGAGCUCCGGUUAUCGAAAGCUUCCGUCUUCAAUUAAUUAGCUCACGUUUUAAACCGGAGAAUAUCAAUUUGUGGGUUGCAAUAGCUGCUUCUCACUGCCUACGUGAGCUUGAGAUUUUAUACGAGUCUGAUCCUGAUAAGCCAAUAAUAUUGCUGAGUAGCUUGUUUACUUGCAAAUCGCUAACGGUCUUGAAACUGGAUGGGGAUAUCAUCUUGGAUGUUCCUCGAAUGGUCUCUCUUCCCUCUCUCAAAACUCUGAGACUUCAUAAGGUGAUAUACUCUAAGGACGAAACUCUUCAACGGCUUCUAUCUAGUUGCCCAAUUCUUGAAGAUGUAGUGGUUGGUUUACGUGAGAAUGACACUAUGGGAAAGCUGAUAGUUGCUGUCCCAUCUUUGCAGAGUUUGUCAUUCUAUAUACCCUGGAGUAAUGAUAUAGAUGGGUUUGUGAUAAACACUCCUGCUUUAAAGUAUUUCAAACUUAUGGAUCGUAAUUAUAGGAGCUACAACUGUUUGAUUGAGCAUAUGCCUAACCUGAUCGAGGCACAUUUAGAUGUUGAACUCGACGAUAUGAAGAGUAUUAUUGGAUCAAUCACAUCUGUCAAGCGUCUUACAAUAUGUUGUUCACAGACUAUGCUUGAUCAAGGUUUUGUCUUCAACCAACUUGAACAUUUGGAUCUAUGUUUAUGCGCACCGUUGUUCCCGGAUCAACUUUUCCGACUGCUCAAAGCUUCUUCUAAGUUAAAGAGACUACACCUUUUCUUCAUGAAUAGUGAUCAUUAUCCUCAAGAAGAUAUGGACGACUGGAAUCAACCAAGUACUGUUCCUGAAUGUAUAUUGUCGAGUCUACAAAGUCUCAGCUGGUCGAAAUACACAGGAGAACCACAAGAGAGAGAGGUUGUGGUUUACAUUCUGAAACAUGCUCUUCACUUAGAAACUGCAACAAUCAAAUCAUUUGAGUCGGAAGUUCCAAAAUUUGAGAUGUUGAAGGAGUUGGCACUUUCUUCUAGAGCUUCAGCUACAUGCCAACUCAUGUUUGAGUGAGUAUUUUGAUCUUUAAAACUGGUCAUGUUCUUCAACUUCUUGUAUUCCUCGUACUCGUCGGUCUGUCUUCAACUCAGAUAAGUUGUUUUCUACCAUAGAUUUUCUUUCUAUAUGUUAAGAGCUAAGUUAUAUGAUCUUUUCAUAGUUAUGGUUUAAGGACAGACUCGGAGAAGAUAAACAUUGUAACUGAAGAAAAGAGAACAAAAAAAGCAAUUGAUGCAUUGAUAAGUAUCCUAUGUUGGAGCCACUAAAAAAGGAUCCGCCGUGUAUGAAUAUGAUCAUGUUAGUGUGUCUAUCCAUAUUGAGUCUUGGUAGGAGUUGUUGCCAUUCGAAGACGCAACAGCUCGAUUGAACAGAAUACUUCCUUUGCCCUUUCCCUACCAGUCUCUUGGUUUCUGCUUAAUAUAUUGAUGACAAGUAAAUAUUGAAAAUAACGUUUAAUUA